AUGGAAGACGGCAGUAAAAAAGACAUCGUGGCGAGUUCGCAUGCGGCGGCGGCCGCCAUGUUUUAUAACUUCGAGGGAGCCGUAGCUCAGUUCAAUGGAGAGGACAAAUCCUACUCAUCAACAAAAUGGGCUCAGGAUAUCGAAGAUAAUGCUGAGAUAUUUAACUGGACACCACAACAAAAACUUAUAAUAGCUAGGCGUUCGUCACAGGUUUUAGUAGCA